AUGUCUCGUAAAAGCUGUUGCCAUACCUUCACAGCACUGGAAGGGGUGCUUAUGGUCCUGUUUGUGCUGAUGACAGGAGUGACUGUGGGGUUUGUUAUCGUCAUGGCGAUCAGCCGGAGCUCAGAUACUACUGAACCUGAGCAACCCAAGCCUAGCGAGAACCCGCCUGGCAGAUCUUACCUAAUUGGUGUGGGUCGAGCAGACUGCACUGGACCGGUUGCAGAGGUUCCAUUGAUGGGAUAUGCCAGUCCUGACCAGACAGCAGGAGGGAUCCACACGCGCCUCUACAGCCGAGCUUUCAUAGUGGCAAAUAACACUGAGCGGGUUGUGUUUGUUAGUGCCGACAUAGGCAUGGUUUCACAGAGGCUAAGGCUAGAGGUGUUGAAGAAACUGCAGACUAAAUAUGGGGACCUCUACAGACAAGAAAACGUGGUCCUGAGCGGCACACACACACACUCCGGUCCGGGAGGCUACUUCCAGUACACCCUGUUCAUUAUCACCAGCAAAGGCUACAUCAAACCAUCCAUCGAUGCCAUUGUAAAUGGCAUUGUAACGAGCAUUGACAUUGCCCAUGGUAACUUGAAAGCUGGAAGAAUCUUUCUUAAUAAAGGAGAAGUGGAAAACAGCAAUUUGAACAGAAGCCCACAUUCCUACCUUAACAACCCAGAAGAAGAGAGGAGGAAGUAUAAAUCGAACACAGAUAAAGAAUUAGUGGUGCUGAAGAUGGUAGAUUUAGACGGCAAUGGUCUUGGAAUGCUGAGUUGGUUUGCAGUUCACCCGGUCAGCAUGAACAACACCAACCGCAUGGUCAGCAGUGACAACAUGGGCUAUGCUUCUUACUUGUUUGAACAAGAGAAGAAUGCUGGUUUUUUACCUGGACAGGGCCCAUUUGUAGCAGCUUUUUCGUCCAGCAACUUGGGAGACGUUUCUCCCAACAUCAAGGGACCACACUGCAUCAACACAGGAGAGUCUUGUGACAAUAUCAACAGCUCUUGUCCCAUCGGUGGGUCAAACAUGUGCAUGGCCAUGGGUCCUGGAGCUGACAUGUUUGAAAGCACAAAGAUCAUUGGAGAGACCAUCUUUAAUAAAGCAAAGGAAUUGUACAGGACAGCCCAGCAAGAGGUUACAGGACCUCUCAAUGGAGCCCAUCAGUGGGUAAACAUGACAAAUGUCACAGUGAAGCUCAAUGCAACACACACAGGUAAAACUUGCAAGCCAGCCCUGGGACACAGCUUUGCUGCAGGCACUAUAGAUGGAGUCGGUGGCUUGAAUUUUACCCAAGGGUCUGUAGAAGGGGAUCCAUUUUGGGAUGGCAUUCGGGACGCACUUUUAGGUUCUCCUUCAAAUGAAACCCAAGACUGCCAUCACCCCAAACCUAUCCUCUUCAGCACAGGAGAGAUGAAUGUACCCCUUCCAUGGCAUCCUGCUAUUGUUGAUGUCCAGAUAAUUACUAUUGGGUCCCUGGCAAUUGUGGCUAUUCCUGGAGAGUUUACUACCAUGGCAGGGAGGAGAAUGAGAGAAGCAGUCAAAAACGAACUGGAAUCUCGAGGGAGUUUGGGACAGAUGGAGGUUGUCAUUGCUGGACUGUGCAACAUAUACACUCACUACAUCACCACCUAUGAGGAGUAUCAGAUCCAGCGUUAUGAGGCGGCAUCAAAUAUUUACGGCCCCCACAGUCUAUCAGCUUAUAUACAGCUGUUCAGCGGUCUGGCCAGAGCGAUUGCCGAGAACAAAGUGGCCGACUUACCAAAAGGUCCUGAACCGCCUUUCUUCAAUAACAGCCAGCUGAUAUCUCUGUUACCUUUCAUCCCAGAGGACAAAACGCCAUUAAACACUUCAUUUGGAGAUGUGCUGAUCCAAACACUACAGUCAUACAAACGGGGAGACGUGGUUGAAGUGACGUUUGUCAGUGGAAACCCGAGAAACUCUGCUGACAUGGCUGAGAAAACAUUCCUUACAGUGGAGAAGUAUGAAAACAUGACAAACAGCUGGAAUGUAGUACAUACUGAUGCAUCGUGGGAGACUAGAUUCCACUGGGUUAAAGGGACAGCAGGCCUGAGCAAUGUCACAGUGGAAUGGCACGUCCCCAGCUCGGCUCCUCCUGGCACGUACAGGAUACAGCAUUUUGGUUAUUACAAGGAACGACAAAACUUCAAUGUGAUAAUCAAACCUUAUGAAGGGUCAUCUGGAAGUUUUGAGAUCUACAAUUGAAACCCUAAAGGAGUCAGUGUCAGUGAUUUUGAUGAGGUUGCAUUAUAAACCCUAUUUACUGUAACUCAUUCUUCAAUGCAUUCUGCUUGUAUUUUCUGUCUAAAUGGAUUCAUACACAUAAUGGUACUUUUGACAGUGGAUAAAAAUUGCUGUACAAAAAUUAAUAAAAAUAUUGUAAAUCUGCAUUUUAUUACAGGGUACAUGUGCCCUAGAUACAAUUGAAUUGACUGUUGUAAAGUCGUAGGUCUGUAAAUAUGCAUACACUUUCUUCACAAGAUGUUUGCCUUCAGAAAAUGUACCCAAGAAUAAAUAAAACCCUGCAAAGCCUAUUGUCAGUUUGAUUUGGAAAUACAAACUAUAAAAAGACAACUGAUGUACAUCUAAAUUGAAUGGAAAACUUAAAACAAAUACAUUUAAAAACAUUUAACGUGGAUAAAAACAAAUAAAAAAAAAUACUCCUAACGUUGUGUUUUUCUGCACUGCCAGAGUUUUCCUUUUGAGUGUGUUUUAACGUUGUUUAAAUCGUCUAAGAAAUGGCACUGUUUAACAUGCUGCCUUUUCUUCUCGUUGAAACGCGUGGUAAUAUGCGCUAAGGAUUUAGCAGGGUCAAUAAUUAAUUAGGAGUAUUUCACGCACAAUAAGUUUCACAGGGUGGCACCCAGUUUACUGCAGCAAGAAGUGAUCCAACGAUGGAUUAGCAACGCGAUACAUGUGAUUUGUUUUGAUUAAUUAUUAUUUCUCGCGGUGUAAUGAUAUUGCGUGAUUGAUUUUAUUUAGGAAACUUACAUUUAAUUAAACAGUAGGCUAUGCAACUGCAACUUUCCAUAUUUUCAUUUUUACCUAAAAAGUAACAAACUUGAUAUUAUAGGUCCCUUACAGUGUAAGAUAUCACUUGCUCAAAAUAAACAACAAUUUUUUUUCACAAGGUUUUUUGGAUUUGUUACACUAAUAUCAUAUAAGAUGUAGUUUAUGUUUUCGAAGAGUUAAAAAAUACGUAUCAUUUAUUUAUUUAUUUUAACAGACACCAUGCCUUGUGGGUAGGUCAUGUGUUGACCUACAGGUAUUAAACUGACGUAUUUUAUUAUGUGAACAUUAGGAAUAACACUAAUGCAAUAACAUUAAAAUGUACACAAAAAAAAACGCCUGUGUGUGG